UGCCUGGAAAAACUCCUCCCUGGAUCUGGAGUUCCCAUUGUACUUCCUUAAAAUCCAGCCUAUAUAAAAAGCUACACUGACCUACUUCGACAGCAGAGGACCCCGGCGUCAGACUCAGGAGACCUCAGUAAACUUGCUGACUUUUAGUCAUAAGGAUGUUGUCGUGUGUGUGCGUGUUGCUGCUGGCAGCCUCAACUCUUGGCCAACUGGAUGAAGCCUCACUGAAUAACCAGUGGGAAGAGUUUAAGAUCACGAUGAGGCGAGAAUACAGUACCCCGGAUGAAGAGGCAAUACGCAGAGCCAUCUGGGAAAAGAACAUGCGUUACAUUGAUGCCCACAACAAGGAGGCAGCGCUGGGCAUGCACACCUUCACGCUGGGGAUGAACCAGUUCGGUGACAUGACGUUAGAGGAAGUGAAUGCAAGGAUGAAUGGCCUGAUUGUCCCAACGAACCCUGAGCGCAGCUUCACCAUGGCCCUGGAUGACAAAGUUUCAAGACUUCCCAAGUCUCUUGACUACCGAAAGAAGGGCAUGGUGACCCCAGUGAAGAACCAGGGUUCCUGUGGGUCCUGCUGGGCAUUUAGUUCUGCUGGGGCCCUUGAGGGUCAGCUGGCCAAGAUGACAGGUCAGCUCAUAGACCUCAGUCCUCAGAACCUGGUGGACUGUGUCACAGAGAAUGACGGCUGCGGAGGCGGAUACAUGACCAAUGCCUUCAAGUAUGUGCAGGAAAACGGAGGCAUUGACUCUGAGGCGGCCUACCCAUAUGUAGGAGAGACCCAGCCAUGCCGCUACAAUUCUUCAGGGAUGGCAGCCCAGUGCAAAGGCUUCAAGGAAGUCCCGGUGGGUGAUGAGCAUGCACUGGCCGUCGCACUUUUCAAAGUGGGUCCAGUGUCUGUGGGCAUCGACGCCAUGCAGCCCAGCUUCCAGUUUUACCAAAGAGGUGUUUACAACGACCCCAACUGUAACAAGGAUGACAUCAAUCAUGCUGUGCUGGCAGUUGGCUAUGGUGUCACCACCAAGGGAAAGAAGUACUGGAUUGUCAAGAACAGCUGGGGUGAAGAAUGGGGCAACAAAGGCUACAUCCUGAUGGCACGUAACCGUGGCAACGUCUGUGGAAUUGCCAACCUUGCCAGCUACCCCAUCGUGUGACCAGAGAAGUUCAGAUCUCAGAGGAAGAUGAGGGACACAGAGGCUUUACUUGCACUACUAUCCACACACAAAUACACUCAAACAUGUUCAUAAAGUUGAUUUUAACCUGUCAGCAACCACAACAACAAAAGAUCACUUUUUUAUUAUUACUAAACAACUAAAAAUAAAGAAAAACUGGACUGCUCUUCUUGUGAUUCUCAACUCUCCCAAAAAUACUUGAUUUGGAUGUUUAAUUGUCCUGAAUGAGAUGGAGCGCUUUCAACCAAUUAGGUUUCUUAUUUUACAUCCAAAGCAGCAGAUUUGUACAGUUAUCUGCUUCAUAAAUCCAAGGUUCAAAUUUCUUUUACCUCCACAGUUUGGUACUAAUUGGUGCUGGUAACCUAAGCCAGGAACUUAAGACAGUUUUAUGCAAAAGUACAAAGUUAAAUCACAAAUCUAAACAGCAAAAAAGAAACAAAAAACAUUUCUUCGUAUUUGUGAUGUAGUCAGUGAUAGUUUAAGUCUCUAGUUUUAAUUACAUGUUUAGUGAAAACAGACAGGAAACAUUGCUGGGCAAUGGAAGCACUUUAUUUCCUGUGGUUUAAGACCUAUUUCUAAUUAAUUUUAAUGAGUUUUUUGUUUGUCUGUUUGUUCCCUUGAUCAUUGUGUCUUGCUGUUUUGUUAAGCACUUGUCUUAUGAUUAAACUGUAAACUUUUGUAUUUGAAUAAAGUUUCAUUUUGAAGUUAAA